GUGGGUACAAUUCAUAUCAGAAGGUGUCGCUGGUUAAAGCGUUGUCAAACUCCGAAUACCUUUGUCAUCUUCACUAUGCAGCACUGUCGACGGACAAGGAGGAUCUGAUGCAGAUGUAAAGUUGGACAAUAUAUAGAACUCAAAACAACUGUCCGUCAAUCAAUAUCAAAGUUAGAAUAUUCAACACAAACGUCAAGACAGUCCUGCCGUACGGAGCUAAAACUUCGAGAAUUACCACAACCAUCAUCAAAAUGGUACAACUAUCUACAAACACUUGUCUACCAGCAGCCUACUGUGAGAGAGGACAAACGAGCUUCCUACUGAAGUGGAAGUUAGGAAAGCAGAUUAGAAGUGUAUAGAACAUACAUUGUGGAAAACACAAAAAAUGUAUCACGAGAGGGGGGGCCGAAUGGCAUACUGCGUCGGGACUUGGAAGCAGACGUGGGAAGAAUGAAUAGCAACUAGAAAGGAUUGUCUAGGACAGGGUUGAGUGAAGAAUGCUGGUGGUCGGCCUGUACUCCUCCACAAGUAACGGGCCCAAAACAGAAAUUGUCCUAUGGUUUGGUAUGAUGUGCAGCAUCUUGUAAUACACAAUAACUAACAGAUGAGUUAUGAAAGUGAUAGACUAUAUGUUGGUGUUCUGGUAGGUCUUCUAUUCAGCAAUUUCGAGCUGAUCGUCUGCAAAAUAUUGGAAACGUUCCAACUUCGUAGGAGACGCACGUCUACCUGUUCUAAACUAAUUCUUAGUAAAUUUUGUUCAGUCAUGACUUUUUGACUUGGAUCAUUUUUGUUAUAACUAACCGAACGAUUGAUCUCCACAACAAGUUCGUAGUCACAUUUUCAAGCAUAAAAAUGGAAUACUGUGGUGAUAAAUAUGAGGGUGAGACUCGUAACAACAGGUUGGAGGGAUUUGGAAAGUAUGCUAUGCCUAUUGGGACAUAUUACGAAGGGGAAAUGUUUGACGGUAUGUUUCACGGAGAAGGAACUCUCCACUUUCUGAAUGGAAGUAAAUAUCAUGCAAUGUGGGAAAAUGGAAAACCUAAAAAUGGAGAGAUAAUAUUUUCAGAUGGUCUCAAAUACACAGAAGGUGCUCACUACGUCGACGAAUUCGACAGGAGAUUUUAUACGGAAAUAUGUUCUGGUAUAAAGCCUGCAGGAAGGUCACAAAUAGUAGACAAAGAACCAAGAACACAAAUACCAGACGGAUGCUACGAUACUGGUGAUGGUUUCUACAAUCCAUUGACGAGAGUAGUGACAGAUUAUAACGGAUGUUUUCUUCGCAAUGCAGACCAUGAGGAGCAUACAUGGAUUGUCGCCAAAUGUAGGAAAGCAUGGGAUGAACAUGUCGGUGCCACGUAUGACUCUGAAACUAUUAAGCGGGGAGUGAAGCCUUAUUGACUACGAGAUACUAAGGUCUGAUUCAAAUAACACUAGAAAUAUAUUUUUUUUCUCAAACAUAAUAAAAAAA